AUGACACAAGAAUUCGACUUCAUAGUCGUCGGUGGCGGCACAGCGGGGUGUCUCCUUGCGUCUCGCCUCGCAAACACGGCAUCAAAGCCCAGUGUUGCAUUGUUGGAAGGUGGCGGCGAUAUCAGCAAGCCCGAGUACAGACGUACAGCUGAAAGAUUCAGCACCAUUGCACAGCCGGGUCUCGACUACGGCUAUGCCUCGACGCCGCAGGAGCAUGCAAAAAAUCGCGAGGUGCCGCAGGCUCGUGGCAAGGGCCUAGGAGGGUCGAGUGCUACCAACUUCCAGGUCUGGUCACUUGGCGCGCGCGCGGAGUUCGAUGCCUGGGCUGCGGCUGCGGGUGAUGAUGCUUGGGGAUUCGAAUCCGUCAUCGAGAGGGUUAAGAAGCUGGAAAACCUACACCUCAACGAUCUUUCCAAGGAAUGGGCUGAAUAUGUAAAGCCCGACCCGAAGUACCACGGUUUCUCUGGACCUAUCGACGUCUCUAUUGGACACGUGGAACGAGAAACAAAGGCUUUUAUCGAUGCUGGAGUUGACCUCGGACACAAGCGCAACCUAGAUCCCAAUGAUGGUGACCUAAUUGGUUUCUCUCUGAACUCAACCACCAGUCUAAACGGUGUCCGGGUUACCGGUGCAUCUGCCUUUCUCGAAAAGAACGUACCGGCAAAUUUGACCUACCUGACCGAGAGUCGUGUGGUCAAAAUCGUCUUUGAGAAGGAUCGCGCAGUGGGUGUUCUCAAAGAGAAUGGUUCGCUUAUUCGAGCGAAGAACGAGGUUAUUCUAUCGGCUGGCGCCCUCGACAGCCCCCGUCUAUUGCUGCUCUCGGGCAUCGGCCCUCAGGCGGACCUAAAUGCCCUUGGGAUUCCCGUGGUCAAGAACCUAGAUGGAGUGGGAAAAUCCUUUACGGAUCACCCCAUGAUUGUGACUUGCUUCCAGAUGAAGUCCGGCUUCACUGAGAGGAUGGGACUCUCGGACCCAGGCAAGUAUCAGGAGGCCGUGAAGCAGCUCGCAGAAAGUGGAAACGGUCCGCUUUUGGGCCACUUCUCAUCCGUCCCGCAUGCUUUUCUCAAGAAUGACCGGGCCUACGAGUCCCCAGAGUUCAAGAAGCUGCCCAUUGAUGUGAAAGGUUAUCUGCUUGAGAGCGGUGUCCCCAGCUAUGAGCUAGUGAUUGGACCUUUGAUUCCUCCUGAUCAUGCAUUCGAACAGUCUAGCGACGGGUUCUUCUCGGUCUUCGUCGCAAACAUGAACUCCGUUUCUCGAGGGACAAUCAGAUUGGCUUCAGCCGACCCCAAGGACGCCCCUCUGAUUGACCCGAAGUAUCUCAGCAACCCCUUCGACUUGGUAAACUUGCGAGAAGCGCUCAGGGAAGGACUCAAUCUCCUGAAGACCAACACGAUGAAGGACCACUUUGUCAGACCGAUAUUUGCACCUAAAUCGGACAGCGACAAAGACAUUGAGGACUUCAUCCAAGAGAACGUAGCGGGGUUGUGGCACCCAUCCUGCAGUGUCAAGAUGGGCAAGACCGAACAGGACGGCAGCUGCGUCAACGGAGACCUUCGAGUUCAUGGCUUAAACGGCUUGCGGGUUGCCGAUUUGAGUGUGACAACUAUACUACCUAGUGGUCAUCCUCAGAUCGUCGCCUAUGUUAUUGGGCAACUUGCCGCAGAGAAAAUUGCGCGAGAUUACGGGCUGGAUAGCAAGAGGAAAGAGAAAAUCUAAUAGUUGGACAAGGGUGUACGAGUGUAUUCAAUGAGAGAAAUAUUCGU